AUGCAUUUCUCUGGCGUUCUAGGAAUUCAUCCUACAGAGCUAUGUUUCCGUAAACCCUAUGAUUAUACGCCAUUUAUAUCAGCACUCCUAUGGGUAGGGCGUCUAAUCAUACUCGACGAUUGCGUGAGCAUAUCCGAUCUAAAUAUCUUCAGCGAGGAAGCCUUGCGCCGGCUGGAUACCUCAUUGAACGGCUUCAGCAUGGACGAGCGAUUGCUAGGCGCGAGGGCCCCCGAACAAACAUAUCAUGGUCGCUAG